CAUGAAGUAGUAGUAUCAGACGACGCACUACUAACCAUACACUAAGCAACCUCUACUUCUUUGUUUUUAUUGUCUGUUGUUUCCAUAACCAUCAUGGAAUCCACUUCCCAAACUAAUCAACUGAUCCUUCCCUCAUCUUCCUCUUCACUUCCACGCUAUUGGCACUACGAUGUCUUUUUGAGCUUUAGAGGUGAAGACACACGAAAGUCUUUUACAGAUCACCUCUUUGCUGCGUUGUGCCGAGUCGGAGUUCACACUUUUAGAGAUGCAGAAGAGCUCCGUAAAGGAAAAGACAUCUCCACUGACCUCAUCAAAGCUAUUCAAGAAUCAAAGAUUUCCAUUAUUGUGUUCUCCAAAACCUAUGCCUCCUCCCGUUGGUGUCUUGAAGAGCUUGUGAAGAUAGUGGAAUGUGAAGAAAAGAUGAAUCAGGUGGUUUUUCCCGUAUUUUAUGAUGUAGAUCCUUCUCAAGUGCGCAAACAAACUGGUGACUUUGCUGAUGCAUUCUCUCAACAUCAACAACGAUUCAAGCCCGAAAAAGUUUGCCAAUGGAAAACAGCUCUCACUAAGGUUGCGGAUUUUUCUGGGUGGAGCUUACAGAACGAUACUGACGGGUAUGAAUCAAGACUUAUUGACAAAAUUGUAGAACAGGUUCUACAUGUGGUGAACCGUACAUUUCUUAAUGUAGCAAAAUAUCCUGUUGGAAUUCAUACCCGAGUUAGAGAAAUACUUUCUUUAUUACAAAGUAAAUCAAAUGGUGAUGUUUGUAUGAUAGGGAUUUAUGGCAUGGGCGGGGUAGGAAAAACAACCUUAGCGAAAGCCAUAUUUAACCAAAUUUCUGCAACAUUUGAAGGUAGUUGCUUUCUUGAUGUUAGAUCAAAAUAUCCAAAGGGAGGGAGUGUAGGUUUAAAAUGUUUGCAGAAGCAACUUCUUUGUAAUACUCUCGAAACAAUGAGAUUUGAAGUUAACCAUGUUGAUGAAGGAAUUAGUUUGAUCAAAUUAAGGCUUAGAUCAAAAAGGGUUCUCAUUGUUGUUGAUAAUGUAGAACAUGAGAGUCAAUUAGAGGCAUUAGUUGGAGAGAGAGAUUGGUUUGGUUCAGGUAGUACAAUUCUCAUUACAACUAGAAAUGUUAAUUUGUUGAACGGCUUCGGAAAAGAUUGUGAGAAGUACAAUGUUGCGGUGUUAAGUUCUAAGGAAUCUUUGAAACUCUUUUGUUGGCAUGCUUUUAAGGACCCAAAUCCUUUGGAGACUUUUGCAGAACUAUCAAACGUGAUAGUAAGGUAUGCUCAUGGACUUCCUUUGGCACUUAUUGUUCUAGGCUCACAUUUCCGGUCAAGAUCAUCAAUUCAACACUGGACAAAUGACUUUGAGAAGUUGAGAAAGAUUCCUCACGAAGAUAUUUUGAAUAUCCUCAAAAUUAGCUAUGAUGCACUUGACGAUGAUACUCAAAGAAUCUUCCUUGAUAUUGCUUGUUUUUUUGUGGGUGAAUAUAUCUGGAAAGAAGAUAUUGUUAAGAUAUUGAAUGCUUGUGGUUUCUUUGCUCAAAGUGGAGUUAGUACUUUAAUUGAUAGAUGCUUGUUAAAAGAAGAUCUUUGUAUGCAUGAUUUAAUUCGAGAUAUGGGAAGAGAAAUUGUUCGCAAGGAAUCCGUUAUGCAACCUGAGAAAAGAAGUAGAUUAUUUUUACAUGAUGAGGUUUUGAACGUGCUUGUGAGCAACAAGGGCACUGAAGCAAUUGAAACAAUGAUCAUAGAUUUAUCAAAGGGAGUGCAUUUGCAUACUAAGGUAUUCUCUAAAAUGAAUAGGUUAAGAUUACUCAAAAUCUUAUCCAUGAAUGAUGGGAGACAUUUGAAGUACCUGUCAGAUGAGCUUAGAUUGCUUUAUUUGGAAAACUGCCCUUUGAGACGCAUAUCAUCUCAUCUUUGCUUGAAGCGACUCGUUAGUUUAAAUAUAAUAUCCAGCACUAUUAAGGAAUUUCAACCCAAAUUGCAGCAUUUUAAAUGUUUGGAGAUCUUAAGGCUCGAGCAUUGUAGGCAACUUAAAAGAGCCCCAAGUUUUGUUGGAGCACAUAGUCUAAAGAUAUUGUCUUUCAUGUUUUGUUCAAAUUUGGUUGAAUUGCCACGGUCAAUUGGAGAUUUAAAAAGCCUUGUCAAGUUACAAAUGGGAUUUUGCAAGAAUCUCAUCGGGCUUCCCAGUACCAUUGGAAACUUGAAAUCUCUCAAGCUUCUUAGUGUGGGAGGGUGCUCUAAGCUAAAACAAUUGCCUAUUAACUUGGGAAAACUGGAGCAGCUAUGUGUGCUUGAUGCUGGUCGGACUACUGCAUCGGAUAAACCUAUUUCGUAUAUGACAUCUUCAAGUUCCUUGGAAAUUCUACGUGCUCCUUACCAGUAUCUGCAACAUUUAGACCUUCAAAUUUGUGAUGGGAGUCUAUCCUGGUUGAUAAAUUUAGAUCUAAGCUAUAGUUACUUCCAUGCUCUGCCCUUUAACCUUUCUCAUCAUUUCCGCCUAAGCAAUCUUAAAUUGGACAGCUGUCAAAACCUUCAAGUGAUUCAAGAUCUUCCACCCAACCUUCAUAUACUGUCAGCCAGUAAUUGUCCUAUACUGGAAAGCGUACAAGGUCUAUCUGGCUUAUCAGGGCUACAGAAUUUGAAACUUUGUAACUGCAGUAAUUUGAUUGAGCUUCAAGGCAUCGAGAAUCUAGUUCGUUUAAAAUACAUGAACAUAAGAGGGUGUAGCGUUCUGAGCAGUAAAUAUUGGUGUGACAACUUCUUCAAGGCACAUUUUAAAACCCCAACCCUUGGACGGUUUAGAAUGAGUGUUUCAAAAGACAUGGUUACACAAUACUUGUGGAGCAACGGAGCAGUUGGAUGUUCAUCUGCAAAUUACACUUCACCAUUGUUUUUGAAGAAAAAACGGAUAUUCAUUGUUGUGAUGAUUUCAUGUUUGUUCCACAAAUGGUGUCUAUUAGAGUAUGCAAAUGAUGGAUCAGGGGACUAUUAUCGGCGGGGUGAAUAUAAUGAUAAGGGGUUGGAAUGCAGAGUAUAUAAUCAUUUUACAGAACCCAAUAAAGUGGAAGAAGUAGAGGUGGUUAUAGAGUUAAAUUCAUCAUCAGUUGAGCAAGGAGCGAAAGAGAAUUUCAUUAUUCAAACAUGUAUAGUACAUGAAGAAGAAGAAGAUGAUGAGGUGUGCUUCUAUCCUAUGAAUCCAGUCAUAAAAUUCCAUCACCCUAAUAGAUCUACACUCCGCUCCAAGGAAUCUGCUGUGAUUACUAUAAAACACAGAACUAGGUCUCCGGAGCCGCAUGGGGCUCCUCAUUGAAGCAAGGACACACAGUGAUGGAUAAGGAUUUGUUUAUACAGAUUAAGCAGCUUUCUCUGCACCAACCUCAACUUGUAUACACGAAGAUGAAGGUGGGCUGGGAAUGAAGAAUUGUACCGGGGAUAGCUACGAGCGAGCUUCUUUUGCUACCUCCUCCUUUGCCUUAUUCUUUGGGUGGUCAGUGGUCAGGUCGCCUGGCAUGGGAUGGCCUCAAAUUGAUCACGGACGCUUUCUUUUCCACUAAUGGUGCGGCUGGAUGGUGGGGCAUGCUUGAGAAACUCAUCAGAUCAGGCUUUCUCAUUGCCUGAUUAUCUUUUCCAUUGCUUGCCUCUCGAAGCGGAGGUUUUGGCUCUUACACUGGUGCGAUUUGACGUCUUUGAUUCUAUCUCAUAUUGAACUCGACUCUCUGACAUUGGUUCACUACGCUACCUCAACCCCAUGGAGAAUACGGAAUGCUCUUAGUCGCAUCCACUUGCGGCUUACCUCUUGGUCGACAAUAAUUGCUCACGUUUAUUGAGAACCUAACCGAGUGGCAGAAUUUCAGAGGGUUUACAGCACACUUCAACAACUUUGUUUACUUCUUUUAACUUAUUACCAGAGAAUGUUAAAUUAACUUAAUAAAUUCUUAUUUCGUUAAAAAAAAGUGAGAUAAGUAUAUCACAAGAAAGGUUGUAAUUGUUAAGUGGAUUUAAAAUUAAUAAACAAUUUUGAAUUCAUGAAUUCAAA